GAAAAUGUGCUUCGGGAGGAACCUAAUGUUCAGCAUCUGUUUCUACCGUUUCUACAGGGGAAACGGCGAGAGAGCUGCGAGAUGGCGAGUCCCGUGCUUGUGACUCCUGAGUCCAACAGCAAAGAUAAAAGCAGCCGUCACUAUCUGGUGGUCUGGAUAAACAACCUGCUGAAGACCCAAUUCAAAGAUGUGCGGCAGAUGGGUUCAGGUGCGUGCCACUGUCAGAUGAUGGACUUGGUCGUUCCCGGCUCUGUGGACAUGACCCAGGUGAAGUUUGAUGUGCAAAGUGACGACGACUGUAUGCACAACUUCGGUCUCCUCUGCAAGGCUUUCGACAAGAGCAGCAUCACUAAG